UAGCAUAAUCUAGCGAAACGAAAUUUUGUGUUUCAAUCAAUUCCUGCACAAUUUUGUAAUUUGUUGGCUCAGGUACUUCUGAUGAUGAACGCUACGAUGAAUAUACAAGAUUGUGACAUCAAGAUGGACUUCGAUGGCACCCGCACCCCUUUGAUGGAAGCUGCUAGUGCGGGGCACGUGGAUAUCGUAUCGUGGUUGAUUACUCACGGGGCCGAUGUUAAUACUCGAUCUGCAUCAUGUAACACACCUCUGAUAUAUGGAUGUUCCAGUGGACACAAAGAAAUUGUACGUAUUUUAUUAGACUCAGGUGCUGAUGUUGAAGAUCACAAUGAAGACGGUCAUACUCCUCUAAUGGAAGCAGCAAGCGCCGGACAUGUUGAAGAAGUUGUACGUAUCUUAUUAGAUUGGGGAGCUAAUGUUGAGGAUUACAAUGAAAAUGGUCGCACACCUUUAAUGGAAGCAGCAAGUACCGGGCAUGUAAAUAUUGUGUCGUUGCUGAUAGCUCACGGAGCUGAUAUUAAUGCUCAAUCUACAUCAAAUGACACACCUCUUAUAUACGGAUGCGCCGGUGGACAUGAAGAGAUUGUACGUAUCUUAAUAGACUUUGGAGCGAAUGUCGAGUUUUGCAAUGAGAUCGGUUGUACACCUCUGAUAAAAGCAGCGAGCGCCGGGAAUGUAGACAUCGUGUCUUUGUUAAUUGCUCAUGGAGCCGAUGUUAAUGCUCGAUCUGCAUCGUGUAACACACCCCUCAUAUACGGAUGCGCUGGUGGACAUGAAGAAGUGGUACGCGUUUUACUAGACGCGGGCGCCGAUGUUGAGGAUCAUAAUGAGAAUGGCCAUACAUCUCUAAUGGAAGCAGCAAGCAUUGGGAAUGUAAAUAUCGUGUCUUUACUGAUUGCUUAUGGGACUAAUGUUCAUGUUCGGUCUACAUCAUGUAACACAUCUCUCAUGUAUGGAUGCGUCGGUGGACACGAAGAAGUACGUACCUUAAUAGAUUCGGAGGUCAAUGUCGAGGAGCACAAUGAGAUCGGUUAUACACCUCUGAUGAAUGCAGCAAGCGCCGGGCAUAUUCAAGUCGCCAAGGUCCUGCUUGAACACAACGGCAUCUACAGACGGUCUAAUAAAUUGGAAAAGACACCAUUGACGUUGGCCUGUUUUAACGGACAUUUAGAAAUGGUCCGUUUAUUGCUAGAAACUCGUACGGAUCAAGAGCAUAAAUCCCAGGAGAUGCAUAUCGCUCUUAUCGAGGCAUCAAUAAACGGUCAUAUAAAAGUGGCUCGUUUACUUUUAGAUUCAGGUGCCCAAGUAACAAUGACUGAUAGUUCCGAAACGCCAUUAACGUUCGCUGCUAGCAAAAAUCUUGUGGACUUGGCUCAGCUCUUGAUCGAGCGUGGAACAAACAUCGAGGAAGUUAAUGACGAAGGUUAUACGCCAUUGAUGCAAGCAGCGCUUGAAGAUAAUGAAGAAAUGGUCACAUUACUUUUGAAUGAAGGUGCAAACAUCAACGCUCAAAAUAAAGAAACUAAGGAAACGGCGCUUGUCCUGGCUUGUGAAAAUGGUUAUUUAGGAACAGUCGAUCUUUUAACCAAGGCGGGAGCGGAUAUUGAGCUUGGUGCAGACACCCCUCUGAUGGAGGCUGCGGCGGAAGGAUACUUAGAUCUUGUUCAAUAUUUACUGGAAUCUGGAGCGGAUGUUCACGCUCACAAUCAGAUGCUAGAAGAGGAGAGCCAGGAAUCUUAUACGGCAUUCACGAUCGCGUGCAAAAACGGUCACCUUGCUGUUGCUGGCCUUUUAUUGCAAUUUGGCGCCGAUCUAAGACAUUUUUUUCCAAAUUAUCUGGACGAAGAACAUAACCGGACAGCAUGCAAUAUUAUAUGA